CAGACAUACCGGAAGAUCUUAGCCACCAUGGGCAGACGAAUAUCAAUGUCAGACCUUAAGAGACCCUACGACAAACUGACUAAGGAGGAGAAGCGCGAUCCAAAGGUAAUGGUUCCGAUUUUCGUCAACCAAAUGUUGCCAAUGUGGCCGGCCGUGUUCUACAAAUGGUUUCUGAAUCGGUUCCCUGAGCCGACCUCCUGGGUGGCCGCAAAAACAGCCUAUGCGCGCAGCACAGCAGUCAUGUCCAUUGUCGGCUAUAUCAUGGGGCUCGGAGAUAGGCACGGGGAAAACAUUCUGUUUGAUUCAAAAUCGGGCGAGAUUGUGCACGUGGACUUCAACUGCAUGUUCAACGCAGGCAAACUGUUCGAGAUACCGGAGCGUGUACCUUUCCGUCUGACACACAACAUGAUCGAUGCAUUUGGGCUCACUGGCUACGAAGGGCUCUUCCGGGCGAGCUGUGAACGGACGCUGAGUGUUAUGCGUAAGGAAAUCGACACCCUGAUGAGUGUGUUGACUCCGUUUAUACAUGAUCCGGUAGCGGAUUCUACCUUCAAAAGCAAGACAAACACCAUUAAGACGGUCAACGAAGUGCGCACGAGGCUCAACGGAUCUUCGCACUCGGGAUUGCCAAUGUCAGUGGAAGGGGAGGUGACCUAUCUCAUUGGAGAAGCCACAUCUGUGGACAACUUAUCGCGGAUGUACGUGGGCUGGGGGCCCUAUUUGUAAUGGAGUGCCCUGUGCCGAGAGUAGAAUAGUGUACGUCCAUCGGCAGGCAAAUAAAUUUUAGCAAGCCA